AUGCGCCUUAGGCGUUUGUCAAAGCUAUUCGUUGACAUAUUUGAUCAGGCCCCGGGUGUUGGGUUCCGAUGCUCCAGAGUUCGGAAACGGCGAGCAGCUAGCCACUAUUCUUCCAAAGAGAAUAUUCAUGGUGGGCAACUUCCAUCACACCUGCAGUUCCGACACCCAACGUUCAGCGGGGUCUCAACUAAUGCCACAACUACGUCCUUCUUUGCACCCAGCCCCGUCCACUUUGCAGAUUCUUCUCCUUCCACUCGGGACUCGCCUACCCCUAAGCCACCGCACCUCGUGACCACUGCCACCACAAAACCUCCGGCCUCCUCAAGGCCAACGGCGACAACUGUUAAACCCACAAGUGGUGGUGCUUUUGCCAAUUUGCCGGAACCUUCUGCUAGCCGUCCCUCAGACGACAGUCCUAUACCCUCAACCGGUACCCCUAUUCGGAAAUCCACUCCACCUCCCAUACUCUGUUUAAAAUGUGCAAAGGCCAAUAAAGGCAGGACGCCGCCGCUCUCCACUCUCCAAGCUGAUGUUUGUGCUGCCCCCGAAAUGCCCAGUAAACAAGUGGAAGCUGAAAUGACUCCACCGCCGCAGCCACCCUCUCAACAGGUAGCAGGCUCGACAGGGUGUCGUCAAAGGUCAAAGAGUUUAAGCCCCGUGCGGACCUCUUCGAACAAUGAGCAAGACAUUCUUAUUCUGAAUCACGUUUAUCGAGAACGAUUUCCUAAAGCAUCGGCCCAGAUGCAGGAUAAUCUUACACGUCUGUGUGAAGAAAUGGAGCAGGAGGAUACAUUUGCGUGGACAGCGGUGGCCCGCUUUAUGCACAAACAGGUUUUGGAGUUGGCCCGUGAUUGUCUUGAAAAGGCCCUAGCUGGUCUCAUAACAUCCCGGUAUUUUUUUGAGCUAACCGAAAGAUUGGAGAAACUCGUGGUCAGCGUAAGUCGCUUGAAACAUCACAGCGUGUCUUGUGAUGAUCUCGGUUAUUUGGAAACACGAGCCAAGUGUCCAAGCUCUACAGCUUGUGUAACAAACUUGUGCAACCGCCUCCUACUGAUUAUUUCUCGACCGGCUCGCCUUCUUGAAUGCCUUGAGUUCGACCCCUGUGAGUUCUACCAAAUGCUCGAAGUUGCUGAGACCCACGUACGACAAAGGAGCGAGUCGUGUAACGUCUUCUGCCCCGAUGUGCCUCGUUACAUCAUAUCUAAGCUGGGUCUCAGUAAACCAGAGGACGCCGAAUCUGACGGGUAUGCUGACGCGAGUGUUCGGAGCGACGCCAACCGCGAAGGAUUUGACUACAUCAUCUCCACUCCUCCGACACCUCUGAUUAUGAACGACUUCCUGGAUGUUUCUGCUCCUGUCACACCCUCACACGGCUUCUCCUCUCCAAUGGAUUUGGGAAGCCCCACUACUCACGAUGCGACUGGGCCCCUGAUGCCUAGCCGUCGACCCUGCGAGGCUGAUUUUGAAAUUAUAAAACUCAUAUCUAACGGCGCUUAUGGGUAA